AGACCUACCCGUCUAUGUAUCAACCUUCGAUUCUCGUAGGGUACCACACAUAAAAAAAAACGCCAAAUUAUAGGGGAAAAGCGAUCGCGAAUAGGUAAAGAACUUCUAGGUAAAUCCACGUACGUAUGGCGGCGCGAUGAAGCUCGCAAAUUAGGCUGCCCCCACAUUGGGCGUUGGCCGAGCGUACGCGUUUCCUGAGCGUGCUGCCGGCGUCGGCGCGGCGCGGACGUCGCGUCAGCGCACCGACUGCGGGGCGCGGGCUUCGCGUUGUCCAGCGCCGCGCGGGCGCUGCGUGAACGCCGCGCAGACGCCGCGCUUACGUCGCGUUCCACGGGCGUUCGGCCGCCCGUGCCCCCCGCACACAUUCCCCCCCGCGCCCGCUAGCAUCUCAGUCAGUCACAAGGCGGACAGUGUUGUGUACACACGUUACAAUGGAAUCUGACUCGGAGAGAGAAAUAAAUAUCGAAAAUUUCAUUCAAGUAAUACAAAAUCGUCCAGCAAUAUGGGACAUGUCCAAGAGGGAGUACAGUGAUCGUAUUGCAAAAAAGAAAGCGUGGGAAGAAAUCAGUACUUUAUUCAUAACAGAUUUUGCAACGAAAAAUACAAAGCAAAAAAAUGAAGAAGUUAUACCUCUUGAGAAUUGUAAAACUUGUUCUUCUUCUGGGUCAGUGUUUGGGUUACAAUCGAGUCCAGAAAUCGAUGCUCUAAAAUUACAAAAGAAAUGGAAAAGUAUCAGAGAUGCGUACACGAGGGACAGAAAUAAAAAAUCUAAAAGUGGAUCGGGAGCAACUACAAGUAGAGACUACGUAUAUUCACAUUGUUUGUCUUUUCUUAACCGAUUAUCAAAUACUCGGCCUUUGAAUAAUUCACAAAAAGAAAACCAGAAUCCUCGCCCGAAUUCUAGAAAAGAAACCGUCGAAGUAAAUAGUGAUGAAGACAACUCUGAGAAUCUCAUCAAAAUUUUAACUGCAAGGAUGGAAAAUAAGAAAGAAAAAAAUAAUCCGGAUUACAAUUUUUUUAUAUCAUUACUGGAUGAUUUUAACACCAUCAGUUCAGAAUAUAAAAUGGACGCGAAAAUGGAAAUAAUGAGUAUCAUAAAAAAAUACAUGCAGAUGUCUAAAUAUUCCAACCAAAAUUCUAAUAAUAACGGAGGUUAUUUUACGCCAAUGGGAACGUCUUUCUCGUCUCACGUGCCCCAUGCACAAACACCCGAAACAUCGCAAAAUUUUUACACUUCAUCGCCUUCGCAUUCUCAGCUAAGCGAUACUACACAAGAGCCAUUUUAUAGCGACCUGUUUUGCGAUGAUGGUGAAAAUUAGAUAUUGAUUAGCUAUCUUAUAUGAAUAUUACCUCAGAUUAAUACCUACACAGAAUGGAACAUAAGAGAUAUACAAAAUAUAUCUUAUUUUGUGGGUGAUUUUGCAUGAUUUGUCAAAUUAUUUAAGUGAUAACCGUUCUGUACACUGUAAUACUUAAUUAAAAUAUAUUGUUAUUCUUUCAUCUAUUAUUAGUUUCAUUUCAUAUCAUAUAAAGCUCAAAUCCUUACCUUAUAGUAAUAACCAGCUUUUCUUCAGGUGUCACAGGAAGUCUAAAGUUUGAAUCUUGAUACUGUAUAUCAUUUUCAAUUAUCUCUAAAAGUUCACAGAAUGUCGCCCUAGGCAUUCGUAAAUAUUCAUAAAAAUGUUUUUCGUUAUAUUUUAUAUGCUUGCUAUACAAAAUAUAAUAGUCACUCUCUUGUAAACAAUAUGACCAUAAUGGAUCUUGCCAAAGCCGUUUAGUUUUCGUCCUACAUUUCUUUUUUAUUUUCCGUUUGAGUAGUAAAGCUAACAGCAGUGUUUCCUCGUCAGAAUCCAUUCUAGUGACUGACCCUAGCGGGCGACGACGGGGGCAAUGAGUGCGAGGGGCACGGCGCGGGCGGCCGAGCGCUUAAGACGCGACGUCGGCGCGGCGCUUGCGCAGCGCUUGCAUGGCGUUCGAUGGCGCGACGCCCGCGCCCCACAGACGGCGCGCUGACGCGACGCCCGCGCCGCGCCGACGCCGGCAGCACGCUCAGAAAACGCGUACGCUCGGCCAACGCCUAAUGUGGGGGCAGCCUUAAUG